AUGCCUUUUAUGAAAGGAUCUGGUGCCAUUAGGCGAACAUUAAAUUACCUGCGAGGUGGAAGAAUUCAUUUUAAAGACAAUGUUCAAAUUGUGACACUCAACUAUAAUGUUCCAAGUAAAACCAGCAAGGGAAUAUCAGAGUUUGUCUACUGGCACCUUUCUCAACUUCAGUUUACACAUCCAUAUGUUCAGAUUGUUACUUUUAAAAAUAUGACACCAACACCUUUUAUCACUCUAUAUUUUGAUAACGGUGAGAGAAUGUUAGUUGAUUGUGAUUCGAGGGGUAAAGAUGAAAUUAUUGAACAUCUUCAGAGAAUUGCUGGAAGAAACACUGAUAAGAGCCAAAGAUAUGAUGAUGGUAAAACAUAUACAAAAAAUCUGAUUGGUUACGGUUGUUCAAGAUAUUGUAUCUGUGAAGUUCCAGGACAUGUUCCCUGCCCAGGAUGGGUUCCACUUCCUAAAGAAAUGAGAGGCAAACAUAAAUACCAGAAGAAGGAUGUAGAAGAGGCACAGUGAUGUACUGGAUAUCAGAGACUAGUGACUAAGGGUCAGGGUUAGUUUAGAUAAUCAUAUAGAUUUAUAAUCAAAUUUCAUCAUGAAAUUAGUGAUUAAGGAAUUCUGUUUAGAUAUCACUAGUCCACAGCCAGCCAAUAGACUGACUAUUACAGUCAAAUCAUCAGUUAAUCAGUUAAUUGUGUAGUGAUGUCUGUCAACUGUACAAAUGUUCUUUAUUUUCCUUGAGUAUUUCUACUCAUCGGAUAAAAAUACAAACAAAUAAACAAGCACAAAUAUACAGAAUACAUACAAAUACAAACACAAAUAUACAAAUACAUACAACACAAACGUAUAUACAUGCAUAAUGUUACACAGAGAGCUUCACAUAUUUGAUAAAAAUUCAUUUCGUUUAUUAAUUGAUAAUUUUAAAUAAAUGAAUAGUUUUUUCAAUAAUGAAGAGUUUUUUGACGAAAGAAGUUUGAUAAGUUUGUACAUAUUGGGAUAAUUAUAAUAAUAAUGUUUAAUAUAUUUACAUCUAUAUUCAUGGUACAAAGGACAUAGCA